AAUUUUAAAGAACUAAUUUAGGGCUUUAAGGUAACUAUCAAAUAAAUAAAAAUUAUUUUUAAGACUGUCUCUAUCCUUAGAUAUGUCAAAACACUUUACCCACUUGUUAAUGAGACAAUGGAUUUAGAAAUACCAGCCCAUCAUAUUAAACAAGAAGUCUGUGCAACUAGAUCACCAUAUCGUGAAGGGAGACAUGCUAAGGCUGUGAAGGUAUACACAGUAAAUAAUGAAUCGUCCUAUUUACUAAUACAAGGUGUUCCCAGUGUAGGGGCCACAGAAGAAUUACAAAAGUUGUGUGAAUCAUUUGGUGAAAUUGUUCAGUUCAACCCAUUGGAUGACUAUCCAUGCAGUGAUAAAUAUACAGAAGUUCAUCUUGUGAAAUAUAAAAAAAUUAUGUCCGCAAGAUUUGCAAAAAGAAAGCUAGAUGAUUACUCGUUUUUUGGAGGUGUUCUACAUGUUUGCUAUGUGCCUGAAUAUGAAACAGUGAAUGAAACAAGAGAAAAGCUGCAGGACCGCAGACGAGUAGUUGCAUCUAAACUGAAGCAAUAUGAAGCAACAGAUCAAGUUCAUGUAAGAACUAGUCGUGUCAGUAAUGAAAGAGGGAGAACUUUUACUUCAGGAAAUAAUAGCAAUGAAACGCCCAUCUAUCACUGCUCAGCUCUUCCUGAAGAGAAAACAAACCCCCAUAUUCAUAAUAGAGCAUAUCAACCUGUGUCUAUGGAAUCAGCAGCUACCAAAGACCAGACAUAUAUUAUUACAGAAGCCAGUAAUCAGCCAGAUAUGACACUUGAAACAUUUCAGUUACCUCCACCCCCUAAAGAAUACACAAAACACUAUCAUAAACCUGUUGCUAAAAUCCCCAGGCUUCAUCGUAAUGCAAAUAUUACUCCAACCAUACACAAGCCAGUAACAAGUACUGUUGGGUCAGACAGUAUUGCAUCAGAGACAAAUCCUUUGCAAAAAAGACUUCAAAUAGAAGGAAUAGACAAUAGCAGUAUGAAAACUUUACCAGAUGGCUCCCAAGUAAUUGUACGCAAUGUACCAAAUACCAAGCCAGCACCUAAAUUCAUACCUCGACAGACAAUCAAGUUCACACCCAAGAAAUCAGAACAAACAAAGAUGCCAGAUAGUUUGGAUCUAGAAAUAAAGAAAAAUGCUUUCAAACUUGGGGAAGUCCAAGGUCCUUCUGGGGAAAUAAACAGGAAAAGAGCACUCUCACCAACUCAAAAAUCAGUUAAUGAAACAAUACUUGCCAUCAGAAGUAAAAUUACAAAGGUGAUAGCACAGGAAACCAAGAAAACAUCCUGAUAGCAAGUGGAGUAAAGUCCCUCAACAUUUGUAUUUACAAUAUUAAAUGAAUCGAAUUCUAUAUCGAACAAUUUUUUAGUGUUCAAUAUUGUUGUUGUGCUACUCCAGAAUGGGAUACUGAAUUCUCCAAGUCCACAGGGAAAGAUCUACGAUCUACACAUCAAACUCAAACAAAAAUAACUUGUGUAGUAAGGAUAUCUAUCUAAUGUAAUCAUUCCUACUUAUUGAAAAAAGUAAACAAACUUAUUAUUGUCAA